UUAGCUUUACAGGAUCGUGACCGUGAGAGGACGUAGAGAUAUAUCCAAGGGAAUUUGGUAUAUUUCAUGGAAUCAUUAUUGAGAACCAGAUACAUCAUAUAUCAGCCAUGGAAUCAAUAGGACCCAAAAUCCCUCAAUUUGUGGCUCCUAAAACCCCUCUGGAUUUCCAUUCCCUCAACGGACUUAUCCGUACUCCAUCCCUCCUCUCUCUCCCUCUGAACUCCUCGCUCAAAACCCUAAUGACCGCCAUUCUUUUCUCUCUCUAACUCUUCGUACUCUGCAACUCCCUCCAUCUCUAGCUGUUCUUUGAAGUUUGAGCCGUGAAGAAAAAUACCCAUUUCUUAAUUUGGAGUAAAACCCAUGGAUUGAGUGAACCCUGUUCUCUCCUCAAAGAGUAAACAAUGCAAGCUUCAGCUGUUACCCAAGAGCCUUCUAGUGGCUUGGACCUCCUCUGUAAAUUUGGGUACUUGUCAUUUGACUCAAACUUCAGUUCUAGAGGUUUUGGGCAACUAUGUUUGCCUCAUUCGAGCAGUUCUUGUGGCGCAAAAUUUGGGGUUACAUUCCCUGGAGAACCCAAAUUUGUUGGUUCUUUGAAGAUUGGUAAAACUGCAGCAAAGGUUCAGGGGAUAGGGAAUCAGUUUAAUCGGUUCAUUCGGUUGAAUUGUGAGAGAAUUCCAAUUGGAUUUGCCUCAGUUUCAUCUGUGCAAAAGCCAUUCGAUGAGUGUGAAUUUCAAUGUGGAGAAAGCCAUGGACUUCGAUUAUUGGGUGCAGAGACUCCAAAGAAAGUUUUGAUUCUUAUGAGCGAUACAGGUGGGGGUCAUAGAGCCUCUGCUGAAGCAAUAAAGGCAGCUUUUAAUCUUGAAUUUGGUGAUGAAUAUCAGGUCUAUGUGACUGAUUUGUGGUCAGAUCAUACUCCGUGGCCAUUUAACCAACUGCCUAGGACCUAUAAUUUCUUGGUGAAACAUGGUACGCUGUGGAAAAUGACCUUCUAUGGAACUGCUCCACGUUUAGUGCAUCAACCCCAUUUUGCAGCAACUUCUACUUUUAUAGCUAGAGAAGUUGCAAAAGGACUGAUGAAAUACCAGCCAGAUAUUAUUAUAAGUGCGCAUCCGUUAAUGCAACAUGUUCCACUACGCAUCUUGAGGGCCAAAGGACUUCUAAAGAAGAUAGUUUUCACCACUGUUAUUACAGAUCUGAGCACCUGCCAUCCAACCUGGUUUCAUAAGCUUGUAACGAGAUGUUAUUGCCCAACGGCUGAGGUGGCACAAAGGGCAUCAAAAGCAGGUUUAAAACCUUCUCAAAUUCGGGUGUAUGGCCUUCCUGUGAGGCCUUCUUUUGUUAAUCCUGUUCGACCAAAGGAAGAAUUAAGGAGGGAAUUCGGCAUGGAUGAGGAACUACCUGCUGUUUUAUUGAUGGGUGGUGGAGAAGGCAUGGGACCCAUCGAAGCAACUGCUCGAGCACUCGGAGAUUUGUUGUAUGAUGAGAAUAUGGGAGGACCCAUCGGUCAGGUUCUUAUUAUCUGCGGCCGGAACAAAAAGCUUGCUAGCAAAUUACAGUCAAUUAACUGGAGAAUUCCAGUGCAGAUCGAGGGAUUUGUUACCAAAAUGGAGGAUUGUAUGGGAGCCUGUGAUUGCAUUAUUACGAAGGCAGGACCAGGGACCAUUGCUGAAGCCAUGAUAAGAGGCCUUCCUAUAAUUCUUAAUGAUUAUAUUGCUGGGCAGGAAGCUGGAAAUGUGCCUUAUGUUGUGGAGAAUGGCGCUGGGAAGUUCUCAAAAUCUCCAAAGGAGAUAGCGAAUAUUGUUGCCCAGUGGUUUGGACCCAAAGCCGACGAGCUAAAAUCCAUGUCUCAGAAUGCACUGAAGCUAGCUCGGCCAGAUGCAGUAUUCAAAAUAGUUCAUGAUCUCCAUGAAUUGGUGAGACAAAGAAGUAUGCUACCCCAAUAUGCUUGUGCGAGCUGAACAUUUGACCCCACUAAUCAUAUCUGUCAAUUUUGGGUUAUUUUUCAGAAGUUUGCAUGUAAGAAUAAUUGAUUAGUCUUUUUUCGAUGAAAGAAAAUCAAUUGCUUCUGUCAACUGAUUUCAUGUUCCAUAAAAUCAAUUGAUCAGUCAUUUUUUAUGAGA